GACAACAAAAAGCCUAAUAACGCGGCAAGUCAUUAACCCUAGCUCAGGCAGGCCCAGGCCGCACGCGCACUCUGCUUCUCCGACGACGAGCGACGGCGGCGCGGGCGACACACCAGCGAGCGGAGCGGCGGCGACUCCGCGCGGACCGCGACCAGAUUCGUCGACGCCAUGUCGUCGUUCGCCGGCGUCGAUCUGUGCCCCCCUUGCGCCGGGUCGGCCUGCGAAACCAGCGCGGACUGCGGGUACCACCUGCUCGUGGUCCAGGACUACUCGCGCGCCAAGGAGAAGGCGCCUACCGGGGAGAGCAUCAUCUCCCGGCCCUUCAGGGUCGGAUGCCACACGUGGCAGAUCGAGCUCUUCCCCAACGGCGACAACCCGAGCUGCGCCGACUUCGUCUCUCUCUACGUCUGCCGUCUCGACGACUAUCUCAACAAUGCCGUGGAUGCCAAGUUCAGUCUCAGUUUCGUCGACCAGGCCGAGAAGCAGAAGCCGGUGUACAUUCUUGGGACCGAGACGUGCAGCUUCCCCCAUGGCGGUUCCCGAGGCCACCGCAAGUUCAUGAGGAAAGACGCCCUUGAACGGUCGGAGAAUAUGCGGCGUGAUGGUUUCACCGUCCGCUGCGACAUCAUGAUCUGCUGCGAGGAGGAUGAUGCCAGUGGCACCGGCCCGCCUCGCUACAUAUGCCAGCAUUUUAGCACUCUCCUUGAGAGUAAGGUGGGUGCUGAUGUGACAUUCGAGGUCAGCGGCGAGACAUUCGCUGCGCACCGGUGCGUGCUUGCUGCCCGGUCGACGGUCUUCAUGGCGCAGCUCUUUGGCCCCAUGAAGGAGGGCACCACGUCCAGUGUCAUACGGAUCGAAGACAUGGAGGCAAAAGUGUUCAGGGCUUUGCUUAGGUUCAUCUACACAGAUUCAUUCCCUGAGAUGGAGAAGGAAUGCGUGCGGGAGGAAGCACAAGAUGUGGAACAAGGACAAGAAGAGGAUGAAAUGCAUCUGCAAUGGCUGCGAGGCUUAUUUACGGCGGCAGACAGAUAUGACCUCCAACACCUCAAGUUCAUCUGUGAAAAGCGGUUGUCUGAGGACAUAGGUGUGAGUUCGGUGGCGUCCACUCUUGUUCUGGCCGAGCAGCACGACUGCAGCGGGUUGAAGAUGGCGUGCUUCAAGUUUAUUCAAGCUCAAUCUUCCUCCUGUUUGAAAAGGGUAAUGUCAACUAAUGGCUGGGGGCAUUUAAUGACGACUUACCCCUCUAUUUUGAAUGAGGUCAUUGCCAAGCUUGCUUCGAAAAAGCGUAAGAAGCACUCUACAUAGAUUGUAGUUCUGCGUCUUGCUUUUGUCUCGUCCUGUAAUUUGCCUAUAUGCUGCAGUAUCAGAAAUAUCCAACAUAUGGGCAAAUUGUCUCUAUGCAAUGGAUGGUCUGUUAAUUCAGGUGUAGAACUGCAUUGCAGCCCUGUGCAAGUUCCCUAGCUAGUCAGUCUUAUCCUCGUGUAUUUCUCUGUGCACUAAUUGUGUUGUAUAUUAUUGCUCUGUGCCUUCUUCAUGAUGUACUCCGUAGAUGGUUUUGGGAAGGCAUUUUAUGAACCUAGAUUUAUGGGAAAGAAUUUGCAAGACAAAACAGGGGUCUCCAAGAAUUGUGGUUACAGUGACAAUGAUAAUGUGAAAAUCUUGGUCCAGUGCCUAAGAACCUUCUCCUAGUUGCUUGGGUAUACUUUUUCUUUACAUUAUUUAUCAUAAAAUCCUUAUCUUCCUCACUCUGGUUGUUGUUUCAUAAUACAUUAGAGACAAGUUUUGCAUCUACUUUGGUAAGAAUUUGAUGAUCUCUGCAAUGGUUACCAUCAUCCUGGAAAAUUCUCCUGGGGUGCUAUUCAUUACCAUAUACCACAAUCGCAGGUUCCAAGAAAUUCUUCAGCUUUCUCCACUAGAUAAAACUGCUGGGAGCUACUCACCUAAUAUAUCGUUUCGAUUGUUUUGCGCAGUGGUCAUCACUUGAGUGAAUCUUUUAUGGUGAAGUGGGGUUUAAAAUGUUUGAAGCUUCUGGAUGGCUUCUCUUUCCUCCCCUCGUGCAAGACUGGUUCACUACUCGGAAAUAUUCAGCUCGUUGAGAUCGCACUUGAGAUGGAAAAACCAAAAUGAUCUUCAGGAGUUGGCUGGCAGCAAGGACAUGACAAUGGAAUGUUUGGGUCUUCACUACCUAUGAUUGCACAUUAGGGGAAAGCAAAUUAAGCAAUGAAGACAGGCAUGCGCUAUCUCUCUUUGGGAUCUUGUCGAGCAUGAAUCACUGUACCUGAAGGUGUAUUAUUCACUGCUGGGCUCCGGACGCCAUGUACCUGAAGGCCAACACCAACUGAUUUCUCAAGGCCUGGAAGACGGUAAACUCUUGGCAAGAAACACAACACAGCAUACGCACUAAAUCUGCGGAUGUGUUGUUCAAACAGAUCAUGUUUGGCCUUCCUUCCACAGUUCCAGCUGGAAACUCACAAGUGUGUAGCAAGCAAGAAGAACAAACUCCAACAUUUCAGCACCGUUCAGCAACUGUGUGUAAAUUGAGCGCGGUCACUGGACCAUUUUACUUGACCAAAUCCGCAACUAAAAGCGCAAGAAGAAGAAAAAGGAGGCACGGCAGAUAUUUUCAUGGGUUCAAAGAGGAGUGCUAGUGGGGACAUGCAACCAUGUCAUUUGCCUGAUGUUUUGUUGAAUCAGGUCAGAUGCUUAUAAACUACAUCGGAUGGUAGAGAAGCCGAGGGGAAGUUCCGUGGGUCUAACAGGUAACAGCUCAUGAUCGGGAGGGGCAAUUUUCCUAGAAUAACAUUUGGUCCAGUCGGUGCCCUCCAAAUUUGUGGCAAUUCCUGUGGAGAAUCACGCACGAAAGUCUUGUUAGAUAAUAACAAAAAAUAAACGAGACAUGGAGACACGGAUUUUUACGUGGAAACCCUUACGGGAGAAAACCACGGACGCACGAAGGCGCAAUCACUAUGAGGAGGAGUAUUACAAACACGAGACGACAAACCGUCUGAGGUGCGACUACAUGGGAUAUAUAAGAGGGGCAACACAUAGGAGUCCUUGUAGGACAAGUAAACAAGUUGUACUCGUACGCGUCGACGCCAACGCAAAAGCCCACACCGGUUGUACUACGUCUAGUCCAACCCGGUAUUAGAAUUUGGAUCAUAAUUUAACAAUCUCCACCUUGAGUCAAAUUCCCUCCAGUAGUCGAAGAAAGUGAAUAGCUCCAUCCAAA